AGGUUCAGUCUAUAUUAAAUUCUAACAACCGGUCUUGAAUCUGAUAUCCUAUUUUUCGAGAUAUUAAAAAAAUUCAAUUCAGCGGUGCCUCGAUCUGUCGAUCAUUUUUAGUUUUUGAACGAGGCAUCAAAAGAAUUUAGCCAGUGGGCAAAAAGUUUAAAUUUUAAGGAUCGAAUAAUGGUGACACAGAGCUAUCUGUCAAGAAAUGUGUGCGUUAUCGGAGCAGGACCAUCUGGGCUAGUGGCAGCUAGAGAGCUGAGAAAGGAAGGCCACAAGGUGGUGGUCAUUGAACAAAAUAAUGAUGUUGGAGGACAAUGGCUGUAUGAUCCUAAUGUUGAGGCUGAAGAUCCGCUAGGGAAAUGCACUACGUUAAAAGUUCAUAGUAGUGUGUACGAUUCGUUGAGGCUGCAGUCGCCUAGGGAGACGAUGGGGUUCAGUGAUUUUCCGGUUUUGGUGAAAGAUGGGAGAGACACCAGGAGUUUUCCGGGGCACAGGGAACUGUUGUUGUAUUUGCAGGAUUUUUGUGAACGGUUCGAGUUGAGAGAAAUGAUCAGGUUUAGCACCAGGGUGGAAAAUGUAAGAAUGUUAAACUAUGGGGACCAAUUUGGUAAAGAUUUAAUAUGGGUGGUUAAGAGUAUAGAUACUAAGAAUGAAGAUGUUUUGGAAGAGGAGUUUGAUGCUGUGGUUGUUGCUACUGGUCAUUAUUCUCAUCCCAGAUUGCCUCCCAUUAAAGGAAUCGAUGGCUGGACGAGAAAGCAUCUGCAUAGUCACGUCUACAGAGUUCCAGAGCCAUUCCGGAAUGAGGUGGUGGUAGUGGUUGGAAAUUCAUUUAGUGGGCAAGACAUUGCAAUGGAGCUUUUGCAAGUGGCAAAGGAGGUUCAUUUGAGUUCCAAAUCACUUGACAUCUGUGAGGGGCUAUCUAAAGUUAUAUCCAAACACGAUAGCUUACACCUUCAUCUCGAGAUAGAAUCUCUGCACGAGGAUGGUCGCGUGGUGUUUGUAGACGGUUCUUGCUUAACUGCAGAUACAAUCAUAUACUGCACUGGGUAUCGAUACACAUUGCCAUUCCUUGACAGCAAAGGAAUAAUCACAGUCGAUGAUGGAAGAGUAGGACCAUUGUAUGAGCACACUUUCCCUCCAUCACUUGCCCCUUCGCUCUCCUUCAUAGGAAUUCCGAAAAAGAUUAUAGGAUUCCCAUUCUUCGAGUCACAAGCAAAAUGGAUAGCUCAGCUGUUGUCGGGAAAAAUAACCUUGCCAUCACGGGACGAUAUGAUGCAGUCCAUCAAGGAGUUUUACCACGAAAAGGAUCUUGCCGGUAUACCAAAACAUAACACCCAUGAUAUCGCUGAUUUUGAGUACUGUGAUAAAUAUGCGGAUUUUGCUGGAUCGCCACACGUGGAAGAGUGGAAGAAGGAACUCUGUAUAGCAGCUCUGGUGAGAGCAGAAGUGGACUUGGAGAUGUACCGCGAUUUUUGCUAUGAAGAUUACGAGCUGCUUCACCAGAAUUCCACUCUAGCAAAUUGAAGUUCAGUGCAGAGAGAUAUGAUUAAUAAUGAUUCCAAUGCGAUAAUGCUAUGAUAGCAGUCCUUAUGUAUAUCAGUAAUCAGUAUAUGUAUUGGUAAUUACAUCUUAUCUGUGAGACUUAAGUUGCACAAUAAAACUAUCUAUACAUCUCUUGUCUAAAA